CGGGAGCCUCGGAGAGUCUGGCCCCAUCCUCGCUGUGCGUUUAGCUUUUCCAGCCCGGGGCGGCCGCUGCAGCCAUGGCGGACGUGACGGCUCGGAGCCUGCAGUACGAGUACAAGGCGAACUCCAAUCUUGUCCUUCAAGCUGACCGCUCUCUCAUUGACCGGACCCGCCGCGAUGAGCCCACCGGAGAGGUGUUAUCCCUGGUUGGGAAGCUGGAGGGGACUCGGAUGGGAGAUAAAGCUCAACGAACCAAGCCACAGAUGCAGGAGGAAAGAAGAGCCAAGCGAAGAAAGCGUGAUGAAGACCGGCAUGACAUCAACAAGAUGAAGGGGUACACUCUGCUCUCAGAGGGCAUUGAUGAGAUGGUGGGCAUCAUCUAUAAGCCCAAAACCAAGGAGACCCGGGAGACCUAUGAGGUGCUGCUGAGCUUCAUCCAGGCUGCCCUUGGGGACCAGCCACGUGAUAUCCUGUGUGGGGCUGCUGAUGAGGUUCUAGCUGUCUUAAAGAAUGAGAAACUUCGUGAUAAAGAAAGGCGAAAGGAGAUUGACCUGCUGUUGGGUCAGACAGAUGAUACCAGAUACCAUGUGUUAGUGAACUUGGGCAAAAAGAUCACAGACUAUGGUGGAGACAAGGAGAUCCAGAAUAUGGAUGACAAUAUUGAUGAGACCUAUGGUGUUAAUGUGCAAUUUGAAUCUGAUGAAGAGGAAGGUGAUGAAGACGUGUUUGGAGAGGUCCGAGAAGAGGCAUCUGAUGAUGACAUGGAAGGUGAUGAGGCUGUUGUGCGCUGCACCCUCUCAGCUAAUCUCGUGGCCUCUGGAGAACUGAUGAGCUCCAAGAAGAAGGACCUGCACCCUCGGGAUAUCGACGCAUUCUGGCUACAGCGGCAGCUCAGUCGCUUCUACGAUGAUGCCAUUGUGUCCCAGAAGAAAGCAGAUGAAGUGUUGGAGAUUCUGAAGACAGCCAGUGAUGAUCGGGAGUGUGAAAACCAGCUGGUUCUCCUGCUUGGUUUUAAUACUUUUGACUUCAUUAAAGUAUUGCGGCAGCACAGGAGAAUGAUUCUGUACUGUACCUUGCUGGCCAGUGCUCAAAGUGAAGCUGAAAAAGAAAGGAUCAUGGGAAAGAUGGAAGCUGAUCCAGAGCUUUCCAAAUUUCUCUACCAGCUGCAUGAAACUGAGAAAGAGGAUCUUAUCCGGGAGGAGCGGACCCGGAGAGAACGAGUGCGGCAGUCCCGAAUGGACACGGAUCUGGAGACCUUGGACCUGGACCAGGGUGCAGAGGCACUGGCUCCCAGGCAAGUUCUGGACCUGGAGGACCUGGUUUUCACUCAAGGCAGCCACUUCAUGGCAAAUAAGCGCUGUCAGCUUCCCGAUGGGUCUUUCCGGCGCCAGCGCAAGGGCUACGAAGAGGUGCACGUACCUGCUCUGAAGCCUAAACCCUUCGGCUCGGAGGAACAACUGCUUCCAGUGGAGAAGCUGCCAAAGUAUGCCCAGGCCGGCUUUGAGGGCUUCAAGACGCUGAAUCGGAUUCAGAGUAAGCUCUACCGUGCUGCCUUGGAGACAGAUGAGAACCUGCUGCUGUGUGCGCCAACUGGUGCUGGUAAGACCAAUGUUGCGCUGAUGUGUAUGCUGCGAGAAAUCGGGAAGCACAUUAACAUGGAUGGCACCAUCAACAUGGAUGACUUUAAGAUCAUCUACAUUGCCCCCAUGCGAUCUCUGGUUCAGGAGAUGGUGGGCAGUUUUGGAAAGCGCCUGGCUACCUAUGGAAUCACUGUGGCAGAACUGACGGGUGACCACCAACUGUGCAAGGAGGAGAUCAGCGCCACUCAGAUCAUCGUCUGUACCCCUGAGAAGUGGGACAUCAUCACCCGCAAGGGUGGGGAGCGAACCUACACCCAGCUGGUGCGGCUCAUCAUUCUGGAUGAGAUCCAUCUUCUCCACGAUGACAGAGGGCCUGUCUUGGAAGCUUUGGUGGCCAGGGCUAUCCGAAACAUUGAAAUGACCCAAGAAGAUGUCCGACUCAUUGGUCUAAGCGCUACCCUCCCCAACUAUGAAGAUGUGGCCACCUUUCUACGUGUUGAUCCUGCUAAGGGCCUCUUCUAUUUUGACAACAGCUUUCGCCCAGUGCCUCUGGAGCAGACUUAUGUGGGCAUCACAGAGAAAAAAGCCAUCAAGAGAUUCCAGAUCAUGAAUGAAAUCGUCUACGAGAAAAUCAUGGAACAUGCUGGGAAAAAUCAGGUGCUGGUAUUUGUCCAUUCCCGAAAGGAGACUGGGAAGACGGCCAGGGCCAUCCGGGACAUGUGCUUGGAGAAAGACACUCUGGGCCUGUUCCUAAGAGAGGGCUCAGCAUCCACAGAGGUGUUGCGGACAGAAGCUGAGCAGUGCAAGAACCUGGAGCUGAAGGAUCUUCUGCCCUAUGGCUUUGCUAUCCAUCAUGCAGGCAUGACCAGAGUUGAUCGGACGCUAGUGGAGGAUCUUUUUGCUGAUAAACACAUUCAGGUCUUGGUUUCUACAGCAACCCUGGCUUGGGGUGUGAAUCUCCCUGCACAUACAGUCAUCAUCAAGGGCACUCAGGUAUACAGUCCAGAGAAGGGACGUUGGACGGAGCUGGGCGCACUGGACAUUCUGCAGAUGCUGGGCCGUGCCGGCAGACCCCAGUACGACACGAAGGGCGAAGGCAUACUCAUCACGUCUCACGGGGAGCUCCAGUACUACCUGUCUCUGCUCAACCAGCAGCUCCCCAUUGAGAGCCAGAUGGUGUCAAAGCUGCCUGACAUGCUCAAUGCUGAAAUCGUGCUGGGGAAUGUCCAGAAUGCAAAGGAUGCAGUAAACUGGCUGGGCUAUGCUUACCUGUAUAUACGAAUGCUCCGAUCCCCAACACUCUACGGCAUCUCUCAUGACGAUCUCAAGGGAGACCCUCUGCUUGACCAGCGCCGACUGGAUCUGGUUCAUACUGCAGCCUUGAUGCUGGAUAAGAACAAUCUGGUCAAAUAUGACAAGAAGACUGGCAACUUCCAGGUGACAGAACUGGGCCGUAUAGCCAGCCACUACUAUAUCACCAAUGACACAGUGCAGACCUACAAUCAGCUGCUCAAACCCACCCUGAGUGAGAUCGAACUUUUUCGGGUCUUCUCAUUGUCCUCCGAGUUUAAGAACAUCACAGUGAGAGAGGAGGAGAAGCUAGAGCUGCAGAAGCUGUUAGAGCGAGUGCCCAUCCCUGUGAAGGAGAGCAUUGAAGAACCUAGUGCCAAGAUCAAUGUGCUGCUCCAGGCCUUUAUCUCACAGCUGAAAUUGGAGGGCUUCGCUCUGAUGGCCGACAUGGUCUACGUUACACAGUCAGCUGGGCGGUUGAUGCGUGCCAUCUUCGAAAUUGUCCUCAACCGAGGCUGGGCACAGCUUACAGACAAGACGCUGAACCUCUGCAAGAUGAUCGACAAGCGCAUGUGGCAGUCCAUGUGUCCUCUGCGCCAGUUCCGGAAACUCCCUGAGGAAGUCGUGAAGAAAAUUGAGAAGAAAAACUUCCCUUUUGAGCGCCUGUAUGACCUGAAUCAUAAUGAAAUUGGGGAGCUGAUUCGUAUGCCCAAGAUGGGGAAGACCAUCCACAAGUACGUCCAUCUUUUCCCCAAGCUGGAGCUGUCAGUGCACUUGCAGCCUAUCACACGCUCCACUCUGAAGGUGGAGCUUACCAUCACACCAGACUUCCAGUGGGACGAGAAGGUCCAUGGUUCAUCUGAGGCCUUCUGGAUCCUGGUGGAAGACGUGGACAGCGAGGUGAUUCUGCACCACGAGUACUUCCUGCUCAAGGCCAAGUAUGCCCAGGACGAGCACCUCAUCACAUUCUUUGUGCCCGUGUUUGAGCCCCUGCCUCCUCAGUACUUCAUCCGAGUGGUGUCUGACCGCUGGCUUUCCUGUGAGACACAGCUGCCUGUGUCCUUCCGACACCUGAUCCUCCCGGAGAAGUACCCACCUCCAACGGAGCUCCUGGACCUGCAGCCUUUGCCUGUGUCUGCCCUGAGGAACAGUGCCUUUGAGAGUCUCUAUCAAGAGAAGUUCCCCUUUUUCAACCCCAUCCAGACUCAGGUGUUCAACACCGUGUACAACAGCGAUGACAACGUGUUUGUGGGUGCCCCCACCGGCAGUGGGAAGACCAUCUGCGCGGAGUUCGCCAUCCUUAGGAUGCUGCUGCAGAAUUCGGAGGGCCGCUGUGUCUACAUCACUCCCAUGGAGGCAUUGGCAGAGCAGGUUUACAUGGACUGGUACGAGAAGUUCCAGGACAGGCUGAACAAGAAGGUGGUGCUUCUAACAGGAGAGACCAGCACAGACCUGAAGCUCCUGGGCAAAGGCAAUAUCAUCAUCAGCACCCCUGAGAAGUGGGAUAUCCUCUCUCGGCGUUGGAAGCAGCGCAAGAACGUUCAGAACAUCAACCUCUUCGUGGUGGAUGAGGUCCACCUGAUCGGAGGCGAAAAUGGGCCUGUCUUGGAAGUGAUCUGCUCUCGGAUGCGCUACAUCUCCUCCCAGAUUGAGCGACCCAUUCGCAUUGUGGCACUUAGCUCCUCACUUUCAAAUGCUAAGGACGUGGCCCACUGGCUGGGGUGCAGUGCCACCUCCACCUUCAAUUUUCACCCGAACGUGCGCCCUGUGCCCUUAGAGCUGCACAUCCAGGGUUUUAACAUCAGUCACACCCAGACUCGCCUGCUGUCCAUGGCUAAGCCCGUGUACCACGCCAUCACCAAGCACUCCCCCAAGAAACCCGUCAUCGUGUUUGUGCCUUCACGCAAGCAGACCCGUCUCACUGCGAUCGACAUCCUUACCACUUGUGCGGCUGACAUACAGCGGCAGAGGUUCCUGCACUGUACUGAGAAGGACCUGAUCCCCUACCUGGAGAAGCUUAGUGACAGCACUCUGAAGGAGACGCUGCUCAACGGGGUGGGCUACCUGCACGAGGGGCUCAGCCCCAUGGAGCGGCGCCUGGUAGAGCAGCUCUUCAGCUCAGGGGCCAUCCAGGUGGUGGUGGCUUCUCGGAGUCUCUGCUGGGGAAUGAACGUGGCUGCUCACCUUGUGAUCAUCAUGGACACCCAGUACUACAAUGGCAAGAUCCACGCGUACGUGGACUAUCCCAUCUAUGAUGUGCUGCAGAUGGUGGGCCAUGCCAACCGCCCUCUGCAAGAUGAUGAGGGACGCUGUGUUAUCAUGUGCCAAGGCUCCAAAAAGGAUUUCUUCAAAAAGUUCUUAUAUGAGCCAUUGCCAGUAGAGUCUCACCUUGACCACUGUAUGCAUGAUCACUUCAAUGCUGAAAUUGUCACCAAGACCAUAGAGAACAAACAGGAUGCUGUGGACUACCUCACUUGGACUUUCCUGUACCGCCGCAUGACACAGAACCCCAACUACUACAACUUACAGGGCAUCUCGCAUCGUCAUCUCUCGGACCACCUGUCAGAACUGGUAGAACAGACCCUGAGUGACUUGGAGCAGUCCAAAUGCAUUAGCAUCGAGGACGAGAUGGAUGUGGCACCUCUGAACCUGGGCAUGAUUGCUGCUUACUACUACAUCAACUACACCACCAUUGAACUCUUCAGCAUGUCCCUGAAUGCCAAGACCAAGGUGCGAGGACUCAUCGAGAUUAUCUCCAAUGCAGCGGAGUAUGAGAACAUUCCCAUCCGGCACCAUGAGGACAACCUCCUGCGGCAGUUGGCUCAGAAGGUGCCUCACAAGCUGAACAAUCCAAAGUUCAAUGACCCCCACGUCAAGACCAACUUGCUUCUGCAGGCGCACCUGUCCCGCAUGCAGUUGAGUGCAGAGUUGCAGUCAGACACCGAGGAAAUCCUUAGCAAGGCUAUCCGGCUGAUCCAGGCCUGUGUAGAUGUCCUCUCCAGUAAUGGGUGGCUCAGCCCUGCAUUGGCAGCCAUGGAGUUGGCCCAGAUGGUCACCCAGGCCAUGUGGUCCAAAGACUCCUACCUAAAACAGCUGCCUCACUUCACCUCAGAGCAUAUCAAGCGUUGCACAGACAAGGGAGUGGAGAGUGUUUUUGACAUAAUGGAGAUGGAGGACGAAGAACGGAAUGCAUUGCUACAGCUGAGCGAUGGCCAGAUCGCAGAUGUGGCCCGCUUCUGUAACCGCUACCCCAACAUUGAGCUGUCUUAUGAAGUGGUAGAGAAAGAUAGCAUUCGCAGUGGUGGCCCUGUAGUGGUUCUGGUACAGUUGGAACGAGAAGAGGAAGUCACUGGCCCAGUGAUUGCACCUCUCUUCCCACAGAAACGUGAAGAGGGCUGGUGGGUGGUGAUUGGCGAUGCCAAGUCCAACAGCCUCAUCUCCAUCAAAAGGCUGACCCUGCAACAGAAGGCCAAGGUGAAGCUCGACUUCGUGGCCCCAGCCACUGGGGCCCACAACUACACCCUGUACUUCAUGAGUGAUGCUUACAUGGGUUGUGACCAGGAAUACAAGUUCAGUGUGGAUGUGAAAGAAGCAGAGACAGACAGCGACUCUGAUUGAGUCAGUCCAGGGACAGGCAAAGCAUCACCCAUAGAGAGAGGAGCUAAGCCUGGAGCCCCCUCAGAAUGGAGACCAUUGUUCCCAGUGUGGCCCACCCAGCUCUCGCGCUCUAUCUGCACAUUAAGCAGCUGCCAUUGGAGACGGGAUAUCUUGAGGCAUGUUUUUUGUAGUAGUCCUGUUAGACAUUCCAAUAAAACAAUGUGGAGAAACCAA